CCAAGGACAUCAUCCGCCUGGAAAGGGGGGGAAGUUUGAUCCUCUUUCUCACGGAUCGCAGUCAACGGGAGUUUUUUUCUCCCAACUCUUUACGCAUAGGAUUUUUCCCCGUUUUGGCUACGUUUGUUUUUUAUUUUAGGAUUUUGUUCCCCCAGCAAAACGUGGUAAAUCUCGGCGCGGUGUCUGCAGCUUGCGCGCUCCGCUACACUGGAUUUUAAUUUUAUUUUCUGUUUUCUUCCCGUCUCCUAAGUUUGCUUCAAGCUUCAUGACUAUGCUUCUUGAUAGCGGUCCGCAGUUUGCAUCGUUAGGAGUGGGGGGUUUCGGGACACCACGGCACCACGACAUCGGGAACAGAGACCCGGGUCUGGGACUGAAUCCCUUCACCGAUUCUUCCCACUCCGCAGCUUUCAAAAUCAGCCCCGUGGCUCACGAUAUCGCCUCCAGUCAGACAUCAGCUUUCACCCCGCAAGCCACUGGAUAUGCAGCUGCCCUGGGACACACUCACGGCGGGCAGGUGGGCUCGUACGGUGGGGGAGCGUUCAAUUCAACACGGGACUUUCUCUUCCGGAACCGGGGUGUUGGAGAGUCCACAGCACCCAGCGCCCAGCAUGGGAUCUUUGCAGCUUCGGCGGGGAGCCUCCACGGGCCGCCCGGGAUCACCGAUAACCCCGGACAUCUGUUGUUUCCAGGACUUCACGACCAGGGGGUGAGCCACACUUCACCGAGUGGACAUGUAGUAAACAGCCAAAUGCAUCUUGGCUUACGCGGGGACAUUUUCGGAAGACCUGAUCCGUACCGUCCGGUCGCGAGCCCUCGGACGGACCCCUACGGGGCUCAGCUGCACAACUACAGCCAUCCUAUCAACAUGAACAUGGGGAUGAAUGUGCCGACGCACCACGGUCCGGGGGCCUUCUUUAGAUACAUGAGGCAACCCAUUAAACAAGAAUUAUCCUGCAAAUGGAUAGACGAGAACCAGAUGAACAGACCCAAAAAGACUUGCGACAGGACUUUCAGCACCAUGCACGAGAUGGUCACUCAUGUGUCCAUGGAGCACGUCGGCGGCCCCGAGCAGAGCAACCACAUCUGCUUCUGGGAGGACUGCCCGAGAGAAGGGAAAUCUUUUAAGGCCAAGUACAAACUCGUCAACCACAUCCGUGUGCACACGGGCGAGAAACCGUUCCCAUGCCCGUUCCCCGGAUGUGGGAAAAUAUUCGCCAGAUCGGAAAAUUUGAAAAUCCACAAAAGAACGCAUACAGGUGAGAAGCCGUUUAAGUGUGAAUUUGAUGGCUGUGACAGACGCUUCGCCAACAGCAGCGACAGGAAAAAGCACAUGCAUGUGCACACAUCAGACAAGCCAUACAUCUGCAAAGUGUGCGACAAGUCAUACACACACCCCAGCUCUCUCAGGAAACACAUGAAGGUACAUGAGUCUCAAGGAUCCGAGUCGUCUCCAGCAGCAAGCUCUGGAUACGAGUCGUCCACACCGCCAGUGCUGGUCUCAGCCAGCACAGAAGACCCGACAAAAACACCGCCGUUAGCCGUACAAAACACGUCUGGCCACAGCGAAGGACUUGCACCCAACUUUAAUGAAUGGUACGUUUGAAGUCAGAAGAACAGACCCUCUCUCAAUGUGGACCACGGGGGUUGUGGAUAAAAGAGGAUAAAAACCUUAAAAACUAUUCCUGUUCUCCUCACACACACUCAUACUCCCACAAUCACACACACACUCUCUCUCACACACACACACUCUCUCUCACACACACGUCACGCUGUCAGACACACACAAAUGGGAUUGGGACAACAACAACAACAACAGGAGAUGAGAGCAAAAGCCAGCACCAAGCAGGCCACGUCCGUUCUCAGGAUCACGAAAAAUUUGACUUUUAUUCCGCAGUUUUGAGGAAAUCAAAUAAUGAAAAAAAAAAUAAAAAUCCACGAAUAAAUAAAAUCGUAAUACUUUCUCAGUAUAAAUAAAUGUUUUUUUAUCUUUUAGUUUACAGAAAAAAAUGUUUUAUUUUUCAUUUUAUGUAUUUUCUCAAAUUUUUAUUUAAAAAAAAAGAAUAAAAAGGAAGAUUAUUUCACGCUGUUUUAUAUGACGGUGACGCGCUACUGUCGCCUCUUCAAUUGAUUGUUGGAACUUCAAACAGUCUUAAGAAACGUGCCAAAGUCUUUGUCAUGAACUUGAACACAGUUAAAAAAAAAAAUCCUAAAUAAAUAUUAUACUCGUGAAUGUAUUUCCUUGUUUGAUGGGGUCGAAUCUAUUGUCAACGUCCGUUUUUCAGGUGGAGAAAUGUGGUAUUAGGUUACGAUUGUUACCGUUGAAUAUAACGUUGCCUUUUGUUAAUACCGUUGUAAAUACAUAUCCAUGAUGCCAUAUUUAUCAAUUUGUAAUUUAAUUAUGGGUAUAAGUUCUGAAACUUAAAUGAUAUUUAUGGAAAUGUUUUCUAACAAGAACUGUACAGUUUUGGUCAUAACCAGCUUAACAUUGAACAAAUGAUAAACUCUAAAGCUCCAACAUCGCGAUUGUAUCCUUCUGUUUUUUUUUCUUUUUAACCAAUAGGCCUAUAUGUGUCUUAUUUGGAUCGAAGAAAUCAUCUAUAUGAAUAUUAUGGAUUUGUCUAUAUAUAAUGCAGAUAUUUCCGUCACUUUUAUUUUCUUUAUGAGACCAUUGACAUGUAAAUCAUUGACUUUGUAGGACUGAGUUCAGUUGAGCUGAGAAGCUAUAAAACGGUUCUGUUGAUAUCUUUAUUUUUGGUUAAAUUUAAACUUGUUUUGUGUAUUUUACUUUCAUAGAAUCAGAAAUAGAUGUCAAUUCGUAGCAUAAACUCAGUAUUGGGAGAGUGAGAAGAGAGGAAAAAAAAGAAUAAACCCAUCAGCCUAUUGCACUCCUAUACAGGUCUUAGACGAGUGUGCGAAGUUCAUGAUUUCCAAAUCAAGGUGACAGCAUUUUGAGUAUUUCAAAUUCGGGGUCAAGCACCCAGAUAUAUGCGCCUGUAUGGCACUCUUUAUAGUUCCAGCAAUGUCUUUGUGCAAGUAUGUUUAAAUGUGUGCAUCGGCAACAAUGGAACUGUCACAACACAGUAUCUUCAAAAAUAAAAAAAGUUUUUUUGUCUGUCAGC